GGUUGAGAGAGGUACUUCUCGGCACAAGGCCUUGGGUAGGCAGGGGGCGAAGUCCUCGAAGAAGUGGGGGGAAGGCUGGAGGAAGUGGCUGGGCCUGAACUGGCACUGUGCCUGACGUAAGGGCUUGUGCAUCCCACCAGUCCUCGGCUUUGCCUUCUGAGCCACUCCUCAGGCGCAGGGACCCUCCUCCUCUUCCAACUCUUCUGUUCUCUGACCCUGAUUACCUUUGGCCUGGGACCGAAGAAGAACCAGUGUUUGAGCCUAGGAGUGAAACCCAAACGCUGGUGAUAGAGUUCAUCUUAGUUUCUGGGAACUGGAUUUAUGUUCCUUGUAUCCACAUAAGGGGCGCCACUAGACUUCUUUUAUUAUAUCCUUACAUGUUUGGAUUGUUGGUUGGGGGUCUGCCUGCCUUCCAGACUGACUGCUGACAGUCAAAGAAUUUCUGAAGUUCUCCGCAGUUCUCUGGUGGCUGCACCCUACUGGCUCCUGUAACCUAGACAAUUUGUUUACAGAAAGGUCAGGAGCCCUGGAAAGGAGAAGGAAUAAGGCGACAGGAGGAAGAGAGAGAGAGGGUAGAAUGGAAGAAUCUCACUUCAAUUCUAACCCAUACUUCUGGCCUUCUAUCCCCACAGUCUCAGGACAAAUUGAGAACACAAUGUUCAUCAACAAGAUGAAGGAUCAGCUGUUGCCAGAGAAGGGCUGUGGGCUGGCUCCACCUCACUACCCUACCCUGCUGACAGUGCCUGCCUCAGUGUCCCUGCCCUCAGGCAUCAAUAUGGACACAGAGUCCAAGUCAGACCAGCUGACCCCACACAGCCAGGCGUCUGUUACCCAGAAUAUCACGGUGGUCCCUGUGCCAUCUACAGGACUGAUGACUGCUGGUCCAGGUUUGGUAAUCACGUCCCCUUCAGGCUCUCUUGUGACCACAGCCUCAUCAGCUCAGACCUUUCCCAUUUCGGCUCCCAUGAUUGUCUCAGCUCUUCCCCCUGGCUCACAAGCCCUGCAGGUGGUCCCUGACCUCUCCAAGAAGGUAGCAUCAACCCUAACAGAGGAAGGAGGUGGAGGUGGUGGUGGAGGUGGCAGUGUGGCUCCUAAGGCUCCCCGGGGCCGAAAGAAGAAGCGGAUGCUAGAAUCAGGGCUGCCUGAGAUGAAUGACCCUUAUGUCCUCUCCCCUGAGGAUGAUGAUGACCAUCAGAAAGACGGCAAGACAUACAGGAGCGAAGGGAACUGCGGCACAGGAAAUGGACAGAGCCUUGGGCUCAUGGAUUCAGUUCCCGGCUCCACCACGAACUUGCUGUGUGAUCCUGGGUGCCGGAUGUGCUCACUGACAUUCUACUCAAAGUCGGAGAUGCAGAUCCACUCCAAGUCACACACCGAGACCAAGCCCCACAAGUGCCCACAUUGUUCCAAGACCUUCGCCAACAGCUCCUACCUGGCCCAGCAUAUCCGUAUACACUCAGGGGCUAAGCCCUACAGUUGUAACUUCUGUGAGAAGUCCUUCCGCCAACUCUCCCACCUUCAGCAGCACACCCGGAUUCACUCCAAGAUGCACACGGAGACCAUCAAGCCCCACAAGUGCCCGCACUGCUCCAAGACCUUCGCCAACACCUCCUACCUGGCCCAGCACCUCCGUAUCCACUCGGGGGCCAAGCCCUACAACUGUUCCUACUGCCAGAAGGCCUUCCGCCAGCUCUCCCACCUCCAGCAGCACACACGAAUCCACACUGGUGAUCGACCAUACAAAUGUGCACAUCCAGGCUGUGAGAAAGCCUUCACACAACUCUCCAACCUGCAGUCCCACAGACGGCAACACAACAAAGAUAAACCCUUCAAGUGCCAUAAUUGUCAUCGGGCGUACACAGACGCAACCUCAUUAGAGGUACACCUAUCUACGCAUACGGUGAAGCAUGCCAAGGUGUACACCUGCACUAUCUGUAGUCGGGCAUAUACAUCGGAAACAUACCUUAUGAAACAUAUGCGCAAACACAACCCUCCUGAUCUCCAGCAACAAGUGCAGGCAGCAGCGGCGGCAGCAGCAGUGGCCCAAGCCCAAGCCCAAGCCCAAGCCCAAGCCCAAGCCCAAGCCCAAGCCCAAGCGCAAGCCCAGGCCUCCCAGGCAUCACAGCAGCAGCAGCAACAGCAGCAGCAACAACCACAGCCACACUUCCAGUCUCCUGGGGCAGCUCCCCAGGGUGGGGGUGGUGGGGACAGCAAUCCCAACCCUCCACCCCAGUGUUCCUUUGACCUGACCCCCUAUAAGACGGCGGAACAUCAUAAGGACAUCUGCCUCACUGUCACCACCAGCACCAUCCAGGUGGAACACCUGGCCAGCUCUUAGAGAUCCGUGCUGCCAUCCACUGGGAAGAGGAGAAAGAAGUUCUGGUCCCUUCUUUCUCCAACUUCUCUUGGUGGGAAAAGUCCUCUUCUUCCUUAAUUAGCCUUGGCUUCGUCUCCUUGGGCCUCAGGCACGGCUUUCAUUCACAAGAUACCAUCCUUAUUCUCAACUCCUCUUCAAAAGGAACAUCAUCAGCCCUCCUGAUUGGCAGAGGAAUACUGAGCUGAUUGUGUAAUCCAGCAGUCUCCCCUCCCAAGCAAAGCUUUUAAUAUUGGGGGUCGGUGCUCAAGGGAAGGAUUUGCUAUGACCUCAUAGAAACUUGUCCAGUGUGGGCACUUACUCUGUCCUUACCCUCUUCAUCCUCAAAGUUUGGGCUGAUAGACUAGAGGCUGGCCCUCCCACACAUCAGAGAGAAGGGAGCCCUGAAUGUAACCAGCCUCCUGUUCUGUUCUUGCCUGCAAAAGAACAGAGGUUUCUCAUGAAAACAAAGGUUUUCUCAGUCCCCAAGAGCCAUUUUCUUCCCUACAUUGUCUCACUUCGCUUCCUACCUACUGCUGGUAGAAAGAGAUCUGGGUGGGGAUUAAACCUCCUUUUAUUUGUAGGGGGGAAAGGGCUGAGAUGUGGUCCCCAAGGGGCCGGAGAUUCCUAAAGUGGUCAAGGGUGGCUUAGAAGUGUGGGUUAUGGUUUUCCUUGGAGCCCGUCUCUCCCUUCUCUGCCAACCAAGGCCUUGUACUCUCUGUCUCCCCAUCCCAACCCCCAAGGAGCUGUGGGAGCUUUGUGUUCUCUGUGAAACCCUAAAACGAGUAUUGCAGAGAAGGGAGAGUUCAAGGCAAACGCAAGGACUGGACUUAGCUCCCUAGGUGCCACGGUCAGGUGCCGGACAUGGAUUUAUAUAUAAAUAUAUAUAUAUAAAUAUAUAUAUAUAUAUACACCCACUCAUCACGGCCAUCUUUGUUGUAACCAUUUCUGUGUUUAUAAAUGCAUUAUCUCUGAGAAUUUUCAUA